AUGGCUGGAGCGGACCCUGCUGAUGCCGAAGUCAGGAGCUCAGAGGAAGAGACCAUUGAGCAGCUGCCGUCCGAAUUGAAGGAAAAUGACGAGCUGCUCAAUGCCGAGGUGGCCAAGACGAUCGACGGCAAGAUGUUCAAGGGUGUGGUCGAGGAUAUCGAGGUCGGCCAAAUCUCCCGAGACCGCCUCUAUCGAGUCAGGUAUACUGAUGGUGAUUUGGAGCACAUGACAGAAACUGAGGUGCGCCAGGUCUUGGUGGCUUUAGCCACGAAGUUCGAGAACGACGAGGGUCAGGUCAUGAUGAAGCGCCCUGCGGCCCGCAAACAGACUUUGGAGGUUGUGGCAGAAGAAGAUGUGGAGAUGGGAGCUCCGGAAGAGGACACAACCAUGAAGAAGCCUGCAGGCCGCGCCAAGGGCAAGGCCAAGGCCAAAGCCAAGGCGGCGGAUCCUGUGGUGCAGGAGGAAGAGGAGGAGGCGCAAGACAUGGAGACCACUGAGGCGCCUGCUGAGGAGGAACCGCCGGAGGUAGAGGAGGACUUGGAGGGAGUUCUGGUGGCGUUCUGCGCCAUGGAGUACCGGCGCCUGCGGCGCAUCCGCAACGGCCGCAUCGUGAAAGACGGCCUGGGAAGACAUCUGAACUCAGCCAUGAAGGGCAUCAUCGUGGUGUUGCUAUUGGCAGAGGUCUUUGAUAUCACAACUCAGCGCUUUGGUAUCCAACAAGUCUGGAUAAUUCCAGCUGGUCUGACCUUGGCGUUGGUGAUUCCCGCUGCCGUGCAGACGCUGUACUACCCGGAGCAUACCUUUACUUUGUGGGUUAGCACCGAGCUUUAUGCCUUCUGCCUGUGGUUUGCUUGGUGGUUUGAUGCCAGGGAUGAAUCGAACAAAGACUCCUGGCACAGCGCUAACAUGAGACCGAACAGGAACAUGACAGUGGAGAUUUUGAGGGUGAAACAAUACAAACAUAGUAAUUCACAUAUAUUAUACUCUCUGGUAAAUAAACAUAGACCCUGA